AUGUGUGACAGUCACAAGCUGAAGUUGCGAAUUAUCAUCAAUGGCGCUGGGCUGGGAGGUCUUGGGGCCGCCAUCGGGCUUGCACGCAAGGGACACCAUGUCACGGUCCUUGAGGCUGCAUCCGCUCUAUCAGAGGUUGGCGCCGGCAUUCAGAUCCCGCCAAAUAGCUCUCGAGUCCUGGAGAUAUACGGCCUUGCUUCCAAAUUCCUCGAAAAGGUCGUGUGGCCUCGGGGGUUUGCAUUCCGCAGAUAUGCCACUGGAGACAUCUUGGGGACCACGCCAUUGCAUCCUCAACUCUCAGAGACCUACGGGUUCCCAUAUUGGUUGAUUCAUCGGGCAGACUUUCAGUCCAUCCUGUUUUAUGCCGCCAAGGAAACUGGCGUCGACGUCAGACUCGCGUCUCCCGUACAGUCCGUUGACGUUGACCUACCAAGUAUAACACUUCUCAGCGGCGAGACUCUGACGGCGGACCUCGUCGUAGGGGCAGAUGGAAUUCGAUCCAAGACACGGGCUGCGCUUCUAGGCGAUAGGGAUGUGCAGCCUAACGACGCUGCAAACUGUUCUUACCGUGCCACUGUACCUGCUGGAGCCAUGAAUGCGGAUCCCCAAGUCUCACAUCUCAUGACGGAUGUCAACGCUAAUUGUUGGAUUGGGCCCGAUCACCACAUAAUGGCCUACCCAAUCCGCCAAGGGGCCAUGUACAAUAUGGUUCUCUCACACCCAGGGGGUAUCGCUGCAGCCGGGAAAUGGAACGAACCCGGGAACCUGCAAGAGAUGCAGGAGCAUUACAAGGACUUUGACCCUGUUAUUCGAAGAGUCGUCAGCAAGGUGACCAGCUGUCUGAACUGGAAGAUCGCCGACCUCCCUGAGCUGCCAACCUGGACGAAUGGCAAGGUUGUCCUCCUGGGAGAUGCAGCCCACGCAAUGGUCCCCUUCCUGGCGCAGGGAGCUGCCCAAGCCAUUGAGGAUGGUGCCUGCCUCGCAGAAUGCCUCGACCGUGUCAAGAGUCUCUCGGAUCUGCCAGUAUACCUUGAAGCCUACGAAAAGAUCCGUAAGCCUCGCGCAGAACGCGUUCAGAAGGGAACCAGGGAUAGCAGCUUGAUCUGGCACAUGCAUGACGGCCCAGAGCAGGAGGCUCGGGAUAAGGCAUUCUCCUACAUGGAAUUGGGUACUAGGGACGAACAGUUUGAGGAGGAACUCGAAAAGGCGAACCCAAAUAGUCUGAGUGGGAAGAAGUUUCAGCAAUGGCUGUUUGGUUAUGACGUCUUUUCAGCGACCAAUGCUAUACUGGAUCAGUUGAGUCCUAACGGUCGGAUCAGGAUUUAG